GGACCAUUGAAAUGGGCAAACACGUACCCUAAAUGUUCCGGGUCAAAUCAGUCUCCAAUUGACAUCAGAAAAGAAAAUAUAAGGUUUAGUACCCAUCUGCUAUCAUUUGAACUCCCUGGAUACGACUCCAUACCGUCUGGGGCUCAUUGGGAACUUCACAACACCGGACAUUUAUUACAGAUAAGGAUGAAUGGAGAGUAUUUAGUGUCAGAGGGUGGACUGAGUGGUCAGUACAAGGCCAUGCAGAUGGAUUUCAGGUGGGGGCGCAAUGAGAAGAAGGGCUCUGAGCAUGCCCUCAACGGUACUAAGUACCCCAUGGAGGUAUUUUUUUUUCUAAUAAUCAGCCUGUGA